AAUUAAAUAUAUUUUAAUUUUAAGAUGGAAGAACGCUGCCAGAUGGAACAAAAAAGGGCUGCCAUACUUUUGGCGGUACCCGACCUAUUUUGGUAUUGCCGUGUUUUUAAAUUUCGAUCACAUUGGUCACACCGUUGCAGAUUCACACACACAAACGCGGAUUUUUCACUGCACAAAUUGUAUAUUUAACAUAAAAUAACAGCAAUUAAUAAAAACAAAUUGCUGCAAAGUGAGUCCCGUAGUGCCGGCCACUUCGCGGAUUAUAGAGCAACCCAAAGCCGCUGUGCUUUGCAACGUAAAUCACGUGAUAACAGUCCGCCUGAAAACUCGCCCUCGUCUGUGAAGUUCGUGAAAUGGGAGGAAGAGUUUUUCGCUUCCAAUUGGGCGGAGUGGCGAUACUGAAAUAAGCAGCAAUAAGCGAAACUCGUCCAGUGCAGUAAUAAGAGUCAGCAAUGCCCCCGAAAAUUGUGAGAACUCGUGGGCGCGAUUCGUACGCGAUAAAUGCGCAAUUCAGGGCCAAUUAGUGGCUGUCUGGCGAGGUCCUCUGCUUCCUCCACCUCCUGUUGCAGGUUCUGCUCGUUCCCCUGCAUCCUGGCGGGUCUGUCCAACAGAAGCAAGUGAAUCGCAGACCCAGACUUUGAACUUGCGCCGCACUGUUUUUGUGCUGGUGUCCGUGUAUGCGUGUGCGUGCGCGGAAAACAAAAGAAAAGCCCCACUACCCGUGGCAAACAAUAACACAACUCAGGCCAAGCCUGCCGUCCGCGACCGAUAAUCGCUGUGAAUGCCCAACAUGUUCGCUGCUCACCGGCUCAUCUUCCUGGGCGCUCUCCUCGGAGCCUCAGUUUGCGCCUCCCCCAUUGAACUGGUAAUGGACACCAGCUUGAACGCCUCCAGUUCGGAUCCCGGGAAUGUGGCUCGUUCCAGCAAAUGGCAGCCGACCAGGGCGCCGCUGGCGAAGGCAGCAAACGGAACAGCUGGCCAGCAGCCUUAUCUCGCGCAAUCGACGUCGCUGGCCACUGAUAACAGAAGUCAUAACAACAACAGCAAUAGUAACAAUAGCGCAGUGCCCAUGUUGGUGCCCCAAGACGGCGAUGGAUCAGACUCUGGAUCUGCUGCGGCUGUAGCAUCCCCGGAACUGAAGCCCUAUGUAGCUCAGCCAGUCAGCAAAAAGCAAGAAAAAUUGAUUAAAUGCCACUGCGACAUCUGUAAGGAAUCGAACAACAUUUGUGAGACGGACGGCUACUGCUUCACGUCGGUGGAGAAGAGCUCGGACAGGGGUAUCAUUUUCAGUUACAGAUGCCUCAAUAUGUCGCAGAGCUUUCCGCCGGGUCGGUUCAUCUGGUGCAACGAGGGCCGUGGACCCACCGCCCGUCCGGCAGCCCGGCACGGUGGUCAUGCCUGCUGCAAGGACAGAGACUUUUGCAACCGUUGGCUCCGGCCCGUGAUCAGGAUGGAGGGAGGCCGGCGGUUGAACUCCCGGGUGGCCGUUGAAGACAUGGUGCCGCCGCGCAACUUGACCAGCUGGGAGUUGGGUGCCAUCAUCUUGGGUGUGACACUCUUCAUCUGUCUCACCGGCACCAGUUCCUGGUACUACUUCCAACGGCGGAAGCGCUUGGCCAGCGGCAGACCCUUUGCCAAGGAGGACUCUGUGUAUGAUCCCAUUUUGAAUGGCAACACUACCAUACACGACAUCAUCGAGAUGACCACUUCCGGUUCCGGUUCGGCUGGUCUCCCCUUGUUGGUGCAACGCUCCAUUGCCCGGCAGGUGCAACUGUGCCACGUGAUCGGAAAGGGUCGCUUUGGCGAAGUGUGGCGCGGUCGCUGGCGUGGGGAAAAUGUGGCCGUUAAGAUCUUCUCCAGUCGCGAGGAGUGCUCUUGGUUCCGCGAGGCGGAGAUCUAUCAGACGGUUAUGCUUCGGCAUGAAAACAUCCUGGGCUUCAUAGCCGCUGACAACAAGGACAAUGGAACCUGGACACAGUUGUGGCUAGUGACAGACUACCACGAGAAUGGAUCGCUAUUCGAUUAUCUGACCACGCACGCGGUGGACACCAACACCAUGCUGAACAUGUCGCUAAGCAUUGCCACUGGACUGGCCCACCUGCACAUGGACAUUGUGGGUACUCGCGGAAAGCCAGCCAUUGCUCACCGGGAUCUGAAGUCCAAGAACAUCCUGGUUAAGUCGAACCUAAGCUGUGCUAUCGGUGAUUUGGGUUUGGCCGUGCGUCACGUGGAAAAAGAUGAUUCGGUGGACAUUCCCUCGACGCAUCGUGUGGGCACCAAGCGCUACAUGGCUCCCGAGGUACUGGAUGAGACGAUGAACGCCCAGCACUUUGACUCUUACAAGCGGGCAGAUGUUUACGCCUUCGGCUUGAUCCUCUGGGAGAUCGCGCGGCGCUGUAACAUGGGCAUGAUCUACGACGAGUACCAGUUGCCGUACUAUGAUGCCGUGCAACCGGAUCCCAGCAUCGAAGAAAUGAAGAAGGUUGUCUGCAUUGAGAGGAUCCGCCCCAACAUUCCAAAUCGCUGGCACGCAUCCGAUGUGCUCCACAAUAUGGCCAAGGUGAUGAAGGAGUGCUGGUAUCCGAAUCCCGUGGCGCGUCUGACCGCUCUGCGCAUCAAAAAGACGCUGGCGAGCAUAAGUGUCGAGGACAAGGUCAAAAACUGAUUGUGGCCCUAGUUCGACGAGUUCAAGAGGGAGGAGAUUUGAGUGCGUACAAUUGUGGCGACACUUUCGUGCGUUGCUCAUGAGCAACCUGUAACCUGGCCCCGCGUUACCUUAAAUGUCCUGGCAGCGCCUGCAAAGCAGUUCGAGCAAACCGUUAAGAAUAGAAAUACAAAGGAAAUUGUAAAUAUUAAGCGCUAAACCCAUCCUUAACGUUUUCAAUGCUUGCUUUGUUUCCGCGAAAACGAGCUCGUUAUUAGUUUUGUGUCCAAAAACCAUCCUCAACUAUUGUACAUAGCCUUCGUUGACAUUUCCGCUGAGAUUUGCUUGUUUCCGGGCAGCGUGAGCAAGGCGGCGCGCCAAAGGAAACUUACCGCACUGCCAUUAGAGCUGCCGAUUAGGGCAUAGGGUAUACCACCAACAAAUAUCUUAUAUACACAAUCCAUAUAUAUUUUUACAAAUCCUGGUCGCGAGCAAGGGAAUCCAGCACACAAAAACUAUAAAUACAAAACGAAAAAUACAGACAGACUUUGUCAAGACUGAGCAGCAGUGAAAGCAACUACACCCAAUAUACAAACGGAUUCAAUAAGCAGAACACUUUUUAACUGCAAUGUGAAAGAUAUACAUCGACAGCGAGGUACCACAUCAUCAGAAUAGAAGAGAAUUAAAUAUUUAGGCAUAAACCAACACAACGUUGAUAAACUCAGGAAAUCGUAACGUAAAACAAAAAGUAAAGAAUUAAUGAAUCAAAGUUGGUGCGCCGCCUGCUCACGUGCAGCUUGCCAUGCCCGCGUCGCUAUUGCUGCUGCUGUGCCUCUAAUCUUAAAAUAUGUACCAAGCACUUCACACAUGGUUACCCGCCCAUCCGCAAUAUAUCGGUUGAUGGGCUUAUGUUUGUUAUUAUAAGCUCCAACGAUUUGCACACACCUUCAUCCAUUAAAAUUCUCGAUCCUUGCAAUCAAUGAAUUUUUAUUAUUUUUGUUAUUUUUUUUGUUCAUUUCGCAUUAAUUAGUGUUCCGUUCGACUUUUAUUAGUUUUGUUUCUUGUUUUUGUAACCAAAGCUUGUUCUUCCUAUUUUACUGUAGACGUAAAGCAUAAUGCAAAUUAAAAUAAAACUAUAUAAUUAUAAAGUAAUCUAGUAUAUUUAAAUAUGAAUUGUAAACUAUAUUUGCUUCGAUUGUAAAUUGUAAGGAACUUGAUGUUUCAUGAACAAACCUAAACCACUAAUACUAGUUCUAGUACUAGUGAGUACUCCCAGUUAUACAUAUGUGUUUAAACUUGAAAGUCAUUGAAUAAUUGAAUUUCCAUAUCGAUUGCCAUAAGCUAAUUGAGUCCAUUAUCUUUUUUUAUAAUUACAAUACCUUUAUGAGGAUGCAAUAGUAGUUUGUGCAUAAAACAUGUUUCCUUAAACCAUAUACACACGCCAGCUGAGAGAUUAACGUAAACAUUAAUUAACAUUUUAAUCAUUUUGAUGUAAGCUAUAAGUAAGCGUUUGUGCGAUCAGUGUGUGCAUGAUUAUCAUGAUAUAAUUUUAGCUACUAUAUAGUACAUAUUGUUACAUUUUCGGCCUGCGAAAUUUCACUUCCUAUUUUAAUUUAGUUUUACCGAAGCUAAUCAUUUCCUGACCGAACUCAAAGGAUUUCUUUCGGAAAAAAAAAAUCUAAACAAAAUAUUUUAGAUCUAUUAGAUCAUAUAUACGUAUAUUUAGUUUUUAAAACUAUUCCUGUAUUUGUAAUAUGUGUAAAUAGUCUGUGCAGUCCGUGCGUGCGAGUCAAACACAAAAAAAUGAGACAUAAUUCAAUACAAAGUGUUAAUUGAUAAAUGCUUGACUGUGUUGCAAGCUAAGUUUAAGACGAAAAUUGUUUUUAAGACAAACCCUUGAACAACCUCCGAUGUGGGGCAUUUCCUAUACCCCCCACCCGUAGCCCUUGAUCCAAACCAAAAACCAUUUACAUUGAACUGAGUUUAAGAUUCAAUUUAAACCGAACACAAAAACAAGAUAAGACUUACACAAUGCGCGAAAUCGUGAAAAAAAAAUAUUAAAUUAACAAUAAUAAAUCCUAUUUUGCUGGCAAAGAAACAAAACAUAUUUUUGGUUCGAAAAUUUUUAAGAUUUUAAGGACUAAACCGAUAUACUUUUCGCGACUUAUGUUAGGCUCAAGUUAGCGAAGAGUGUCUCAGCCAUAAAGAAUAUGAGCUAAAAGCAUUUCUAUGUGUAAUAAUCGUAAUUGAAUUGGAUCAUGAGAGAUAUAUAGACCGAGAGAUGGGAAGAGAAAGGAAUGGCGAUGAAAGGAUGAUUUUCUUGGGUGUAAUGUUAAAAACAAAAGCGUUGAAAGUGUAAACAGAGUCUAACUUUUAGCUUUAAGCUGCGUUUUUACUGGCACUUUAAAUAAAUAAAACCAACAGAAAAUAUUUGUAAAAGAAA